AUGACGAGGCGGACGACGUUGAAACGGUCGCUGGACGAAAGCAAUGCCAUGGACAUUCCUUCGAGUCCCUCGAAGCGCUCCCGAGUGACUUUUGAUUCCGAUGUUGAGAUAGUGUCUGCCGACGACGACGAAGACCUCGACCCUCUCGUUGUCAGAGAGCAAGUCCGCAGGGCGAUUGAAAGACACCGUCUCAGAGAAGACGAAGCGUACGAGAGGAUCAAGAGCUAUUUCAGCACCUCACCAGACAAAUUAAAUGCGCCCUCCACCAAGAAGCUCAGAUUACACCUUCAGGCUCUGCUGGCCAACGUCACCUCGCUCGACAAAGAUUGCAGCGGCCUCGUGAAUGCGAUUUUGUACAGCGAAUGGAUCGGAAGAGAGGAGCAAUAUUACGCCCUUUUUGUCAGAUUCCUGAACAACCUGGCUGCGGCGCAGCGUGGAUACCAGUCGAAGAUAAUGUCGGUGUUGGUCGACUUGCUUGGGCCCCAGAAAACACGCCGAAUUCAGCGUGCAGCUCCUGUCAGACAGCCAAAAAUUCAUCGGCGUGUCCUACGAGCUAUUCAGCACAUCGCCGAUAACGUUCCCUCCUCGCCCGCCGCACUUGCCGAUCGAAUAGCUGCGCGCUUAGAGUUUGAUUUCCAAAAGGGCGAGGAGCGAAUGACAUACAUCCGCAAUUUCAUGGAAAUGAUCAACCACGUGCCAGAGCUGACGUCCGAAAUCUUAAACUUGGUGCUGAGAGAGCUCAUCAAGCUGGAUGUGGCGGUGCAGGUGGACCUGGAUGAAGAGGAAGAGGACGCUGAAGAUGACUUACUCAGCCACAUGUCGUCUUCACAAACACUUGUCCCAGGCUCUUCCCAGGACAUGCUGAAGGGUGGCCUCGAUGAACAGAGCGAUGAUGCAAGCACGACUGACGAGUCAGAUAUAGAAGAAGAUGAAAGCGUCGACGCCGCCACUGCUCGUCGACGAAAAUUGAAAGAGGACAUCAAACAGGUCGACUUAAUCAUGGACAUCCUGUUUCAGUACUAUGCCAAACUCACCGCUUCCACGACUCUACAGACACGAGACAGCACCAUCGAACAGAUUGUUUCUCAAUUUCAUACUCAAAUUCUCCCAACAUACCGAGCCCGACAUCCACAGUUCCUGGUCUUCCACUUCGCGCAGGCAGAUCCUAUCAUUGUCGACCGAUUUGUCACGUCUUGCGUGGCUGUGCUUGUUGACAAGAAGCAACCACAUCAUCUCCGACACAGCGCUGCUGCCUACUUCUCAGGCUUUGUGGGUCGCGGUGCGCAUGUAUCUCCGCAAGUGGUUCAAGACUGUUUGGAACUCUUAUGCGACCACUUGACAAUUCUACGCAAGUCUUACGAACCCGGCUGUCGCGGUCCAGACCUCAAGCGGUAUGGUGACUUUUACGCUGCGUUCCAAGCGAUCCUGUACAUCUUCUGCUUCCGAUGGCGGGACAUCGCUUCCUCCAGCUCCGAUGACGAAUCGGACUUCGAGGUCGAAGAAGAAGAAAUCGAGACAUUCCAUUUCCCCGAGUCGUUACGCGAAGCGCUCCGAGCAGCCAUGUACUCGCCGCUCAACCCUCUGCGCGUGUGCACGCCAGUGAUUGUUGAGCAAUUCGCCAAGCUCACGCACGCGUUGCAGCUGUUCUACAUCUAUCCCAAGCUGGAAGAAAACAGGCAUGUGCGAAUUACGACUCAUUGGCGCGACAUGUCCGACUUGACCAUCAGCAACCCUGACAGAGACUUGAGCUGGGUUGGGGAUAACGGCAUACUUGAAGGCUACUUCCCCUACGACCCAUAUCAUCUGCCGAUCAGCAAGCAUUGGAUCGAAGGCGACUAUGUCGCGUGGAAGGGCAUCCCUGGUGAAGAGGCCGAAGAUACGGAAUCUGAAGAUGAAGGGAUGGAUGUCGCAGGGUCAGAUGACGAUGACGUGGAAAACGACGACGACGAAGACUUUGGUCAGGAAUUCCAUGGUGAAUGA